UGAUAAAAGCAUUUAUAAUUUUCCUCAUAAAUGGUAUUUUUCCUUCUAAGAAGGUAUACAAAGUUUAACUCUUAGUUCUUAUCUAUGACGAGUUCUGGCAAAAGUAAACUUAUUAGGCAGUUGGUAGCGAGAUACCAUAGUACGAUUGGGUGCGGUCUUUGUGUUGAGCUUCAUUUGUUUUAGUUAGUUGAAUUGCAGCUACUGCGUGAACGUAACGGGUUAGGUCAGACUUUUGGUUCUUGGACUUCUUGAAAACGGAAUUCUGACCUCUAUAAUCUCUGACACGUUAUGGAGCAUAUUAUACGAUUACCUGUUCGAUUUAAUGUGGUUUUCGGUCAUUCCAGAGAAAUUUCAAAAAUAAAUUGGCAGCAAAAACUAAAGUUUAACCGAAGUAUAACCUCACAAGAAGUUUUCGAUAGAGAACAUAAAUAUGGUGCUCACAAUUAUCACCCAUUACCUGUUGCAAUCUGCAAAGCUGAGGGUGUUUUCAUGUGGGAUAUGGAAGGCAAUCGUUAUUUUGAUUUCCUUAGUGCCUAUUCUGCAGUUAAUCAGGGUCAUUGUCAUCCAAGGAUAUUUCAAGCAUUUGUGGAUCAAGCAAAAAUUCUAACAUUGACGUCUCGGGCAUUUUACUCAGAUGCUCUAGGAGAAUUUGAAGAAUAUAUUACACGACUUUUUGCGUACGAUAAAUGGUUACCAAUGAAUACUGGAGUUGAAGGUGGAGAGACUGCUUGCAAACUGGCUCGUAAAUGGGGAUAUAAAAAAAAAGGAAUUCCUAAAAAUCAGGCUAAGAUUAUUUUUGCUGAAGGCAAUUUUUGGGGAAGAACAUUGAGCGCUGUAUCAUCGAGUACUGAUCCUUUAAGUUAUAAUGAAUUCGGCCCUUUUAUGCCUGGUUUUCAUGUAAUACCAUAUGACGAUCUUCAUUCGUUGGAGAAAACACUUGCAGACCCUACAGUUUGUGCCUUCAUGGUAGAACCCAUUCAAGGUGAAGCUGGAGUUAUAGUACCAAAGACUGGUUAUUUGAAAGGAGUGAGAGAACUCUGCACAAAACACAAUGUUUUAUGGAUUGCCGACGAAGUACAAACUGGUUUAUGCAGAACCGGCAGACUACUAGCUGUAGACCACGAAGCAGUGAAGCCUGAUAUCCUGAUUCUUGGAAAAGCGCUUUCUGGUGGUUUUUAUCCGGUUUCUGGUGUUCUGGCGAAUAAUCCUGUGAUGCUUAGUAUUGGUCCGGGUGAACAUGGUUCAACGUAUGGUGGCAAUCCUUUGGGUUCCAGAAUUGCCUUAGAAGCAUUAAAAGUUUUAGAAGAGGAAAAGCUUGCGGAAAGAGCAGAAUCAUGUGGGAAGAUCCUCCGAGAAGAGCUCAAUAAACUUCCCAGAGAUGUUGUCACUCUCGUACGAGGAAAGGGUCUUCUGAAUGCAAUUGUUAUUAAUAAAGAAAUCGACGCCAUGGAAAUAUGUCUUAAGUUAAAGGACCAGGGACUGUUAGCAAAACCGACACAUAAUCAUAUAAUCAGAUUAGCUCCACCGCUUAUUAUAUCUACUUCACAAAUUCAAGAAUGUGCUGAAAUUAUUAGAAGAGUUAUUUUAACUUACUGUAAAUGAAUCUAAAUAUAGAGUAUUGUGGCAUUAUGCCUCAUCAUGAUA